CCUGUUUAGGGUUGUGGAACUGGAAAAUGUGUGGAGGCUAUUGAGAGAUGCGGACAAUAGGGAGGUCGGGGAUGCCAGGGCUGAUACACCAGGGCACGUGAGAAGAUGGUUAUUGUGCAGCUGGACCUCCCUACCGCUGGGCAAGGGGAGACUGGGGGGCACAUUGUUGCAAGGGAAACAUAAGAAUUAAGCCAUGAAGCUGAACGAACGAAACCUGGUUUUUUACGCCACAUGCAAAUCUCCUGUGGACAAGAGUGGUUUCCUGUUUAAGAAAGGAGACCGCAAUGCUGCCUAUCACAAGCGCUGGUUUGUCCUGAAGGGCAAUAUGUUCUUCUAUUUUGACAAUGAAGAGAGCCGUGAACCGGUUGGCGUUAUAAUACUAGAAGGAUGCAGAGUGGAGCUAUGUGAGUCUACAGAAGAAUUCAGCUUUGCAAUCAGUUUUGCUUAUCCCAAAUCACGGUCUUACAUACUUGCUGCAGACAGCCAGAGUGUUAUGGAAUCAUGGGUGAAAGCACUCUCAAGGGCAAACUUUGAAUAUAUUAGGCUUGUUGUAAAUGAACUGCAGAAGCAACUUACAGACAUAAAGAAAACCACUACUAAGACCUAUGACAUACAGGGAUCAACUGAAACCUCAGAAACUAAUUCCAGUAUGGAACGGCAAGUGCUGUCUUCAAACCUUAAGGAGACCUCAGUCCAACAACAUUAUCAGAAAGACAAUGGCACUGCUAUAUGGGACAACUAUCAAGUCAAUUUGCCAAAUGGAUAUUUACAGGUUAAUGGACCAAAGGAUAAAGAUGAGCUAGGGCAUCCAGAGGUAAACUUGUCAGGGGCCUCCUUAACUCCAGGAAGCCAAUCGGAGUUGGUGGUUGAUGAAGCAUGCUUCUCUCCUGAGGACACUAUAGAUGUAGCAGAUCCGCUUUGUUUUUUAAAGCUUCAUAAACUGUAUGGAGAAGAAAUAAGGAAAGUAAGAAUCCAAUGGUUGGAAAAUUUAGAAAAACAAAAUGUAGACCCUGGUGAAUAAUACUCCCCCCUCCUAUACAUUUUAUUAACAAGUUAAAAAUAUCCCUUUUUAAGAAUUUGGUGUAAAAUUAAUGUUUUUAAUUUGGGAGCAUAAGUGUAAGAAUAAUAAUAAAAUGCACAUAAAGGAACACAGCGGGUAAACACCUGGUUCAUCAGCUGUGUAACUCUUCAGGUUCAGGGCAUGAUGAAGUAUAUGUGUAACCACUUUGUAGAGGCUACUGCCUGUGGGGUAAAUAAAACACUGCCCAAACGUUCAGACAAGAGUACUCAAAAAGCACAAUAUUUCAACACUACUAUUUCCUUAUAUGAGAGUAUCCAAUUAUCAUGAAUGUCUGAAUAUCCUUUUUUUAAAAUAUUGUUCAGACAUUUUUAGUAUCAGCUUUAAAGGGACACUGAACCCAAAUGUUUUCUUUUGUGAUUUAGAUAGAGCAUGCGAUUUUAAGAAACUUUCUAAUUAACUCCUAUUAGCAAAUGUUCUUCAUUCUCUUGGUAUAUUUAUUUGAAAAGCAAGAAUGUAAGUUUAGAUGCCGGCCUGUUUUUGGUUAACAACCUGGGUUGUCCUUGCCGAUUGGUGGAUAAAUUCAUCUACCAAUAAACAAGUGCUGUCCAGGGCACUGGACUUUCUUUUUCAAAUAAAGAUAGCAAGCGAACGAAGAAAAAUUGAUAAUCGGAGUAAAUUAGAACGUUGCUUAAAAUUGCAUGUUCUAUCUAAAUCACAAAAGAGAACAUUUGGGUUAAGUAUCCCUUUAACCUACAGAGGAGAGGACCAAGCAAGCUGACAAUCUUUUAUUAAAAAAAAAAAUGUACACAGGAGAGAACCAAGCAAGGGGACAAUCUACUUUAGUUUUAAAAAAUAAAAGUGUAAUACAAAUUCAGGUUCCUCAUUUUUGUAAUGUUGAAUAAAAUGCACUGCCCAAGGGAUUAUGGGUUAUGAAAACCAAUAUGUUCAGAAAUGUAUUUUAUAACGUUUUGUGAAUCUGAUGCUGUUGUGAAAUCAGGUGACCCCGAUGGGAUGGCUAAGGUAACAUACUUUUAUUAUGUUGGAGAAAUCACUCAUUAGACAUGGAAUAUAGUAAUUUACAAUCUUCUGUUAUCUUGUAUUUAAAACAGUUUAAUUUUUUUAUAACAAAAAGUGUCUUUGUUAGCAUAUUGUAUAUGCUAUAAUUCACAAUAUAUGAAGUGUUGACCAGAUCGUUCAUCUACAUCCUUGCUGUCUCAUACAUUUCAAAUGAAUCAGAAUUAGAUAUAUAGAUUAUAUGUAAAAUAAUCCAUCAAAUUUAGGACCAAUGGUAAAAUUCUCUGAGUUAAACUGGAUUUUCAAGAUCCUGUGUUUAACAGUUUUUUCUUUAAUAAAUGCACAUGCGUGCACAAUGCGCAAAUGUAGAAAUGGAGAGCUAAUAGUGAUGUAUGGGUGCUCUGGAUGGAGCACUGAGGUAGCGCAUCCCGGUGGGGGUUCGAAAUAACUUGUGCAAAGACCUAACCGUAACUGUUGUAAUCAGUCCUCUCAUCCAGCCCAAUAUACUCCAUUUGCAUCCCUCCCAGGCAAAGCAAUGCCCACCUUAUCUCCUCCCAGAAUCCCUUCUCUCAACUUGCUGUUCUUUACUAUUGUGUGUCAUGCAAAAGGUUGAUUACUGUUAUGUGGCUUAAUUGACCAUAAUGUUUGUGGGGUGUGAAAGGGGACUUUGUACUGUAAACUUGUCUCCCCUUAAAGGAACAGUAGUACAUGCAGUUAAUUGAAAAUUGGUGUAUAAACACUACUACAAAGAAUAAUAUGCACAGAUACUGAUCUAAAAAUCCAGUAUAAAACAGUUUAAAAACUUACUUAGAAGCUGCCAGUUUAGCACUGUUGAAAAGAUAAACUGGAACACCUACUGAAAGUGGUUCUAUAGCAUAAAAAAGCAGACACUCCCCCUUCCUCUGCAUAUGAAAAGACUUUACACAAACAGGAGCAAGCAGGAGUAGGUACAUAUCAGUAUUCUCCUAAAACUUUGGGGCUUGGUUAGGAGUCUGAAAAUCAGAGCAAUGUUAUUUAAAAAUAAGCAAAACUAUACAUAAAAAAAGCGCUGUGUAGGCUAUAUAAAUUGAAUCAUCUACAAAACCUUUAUCCAAAGAAAAAUCUAGUGUAUAAUCUCCGUUUUAAUGUGUUUUUAAUUAUGCAUUUUACCUACUGGAGUGUAUUAAAUAGUUUACAAAUAGCUACAUUUUACCUUUUUUAUUUUGUCAUUUGAAAUGACUGAUUUUGCCUGAUUAAGCCACCACCUACAGUGAAAUUUUCAGUACUGCAGUAAUGGUGCACAAAAGCAAUAUGAACAAGAUCCAGUAAAAGAAAUCACACUCUUAGUGGGGAUGUGAGAAAAGGGUUCUAACAUAUUAAUUUUCAAUUGUUAUCUCAGAGACAAGAAACGUUGGUGAUUAUAUAGCAUAAGAUCAUAUGUUCUCUCUGCAAACUCAGCUCGUUUUAAUGGGGUUGUGGUUUCAAAGGGCAAAAACAGCUCUUUCAUAUACAAAAAUAAUCCUAAAGGAGCAAUUCCCCCAUACCCCGGAAACCAGUCUUAGAGUGCACUGCCUCUUAAAUGUACACAAACGCGCCCAAAUGCGUUUGAAAAUCAGUGGGUCCUAUAGAUUUGGGCUGGCCCCUAGCUUAUAGACACCUUUUGUCAAGUCCUGCACUAGGAGUUCUUGGGAGAAAUACUGUCUGCACAGUCUCUUAGGACUCCGCGGGCGGACAUAUUCUCCCCUGUCCCCCCGGGGUUCUCAUCUGGUGGGCAGCAAUCGGCUGCCUGCAUUCACAAUUGCACAUGAUUUCAUGCGCAGGCAGGAGCUGUCAAUCAUCCUGGUCAGAAGAGACCAGGGAGAUUGAAAAUCUCCACCUAAGAGGUGGAGAACAGGGAAGCAGCUGCUUGAUGAAUCCUGACUGCAGGUUCUCUUGUGCGAACCUGCAGUCAAAGGGGAGAGAAGGGCUUGAUAAAUCGAGCCUAUAAUUUUUAUUUUUAUUUUCCCCUCGCUUAUAUUGCACAAAUAACACUACUGUUAACAUUUUGUUUUAUUUCUUCUGUAUAUAAAUGGCAGACUGUGCUUGGUACUCGGUUCACCUUUUAACUGCUUGAUGUACAGAGCUCAUUUCCAGUCUGAAUAUAAAAUGCACAAUAAUAUUUUCUUAGAACAAUGUAGUAUGAGCUAAAGUGCACAAAUAUGUAACCUUGACAGUUUAUUCCUUUUAUGGUUUUGCUAUUCUUUUCCAUACCUCUUGUUUUAAACAUUUACAUUUCAGUGUAUGACAAUAUAUGUAACUGUUUACAUUUGUUUUACAUCUUUCCCUCAUUCAGCAAUGAUUUUAAAAUAAACCUUUCUGGACCAA